UUGUGAAAUACGGAAUGUUUAUAAGAACGGUAAAAAAAUUAAAUAAAAAGAAUGCAUAUUUUACUUGUACUUUUUGGAGCAAUUGUUUCCUACUUAUUUUGGAUACAAUACAUUUACUAUCGGCAGAAUUCAGCAAAGUCACGUAAACAAUGGUUGCGAUUUAUGUUAUGUAGAGACAAACAAAUCAAAUCGUCUCAAACAAGCGAUUUAACUGGCGAUGUUCGAGCACUCUUUUUAACCGCUCAUCCGGAUGACGAAUGCAUGUUCUUUGCACCAGCAAUUCUGAGACUCGUGGAACUAAAUGCAUCUGUUCAUUUAUUGUGUUUAUCUCAAGGCAAUUACUACAAUCAAGGGUUCCAACGUCGAGAAGAGCUUCUAGACAGCUGUGCCGUUUUGGGAAUACCAGCCUCCCAAGUCACUAUACACGACUGCAAAGAACUGCCAGACGAUCCCAACGUAGAAUGGAGCAUCUCAAUGGCCUCCUCUCUAAUCCUGAAGCACAUCAGAGCCCACUCCAUCAACCUGGUGCUGACCUUCGAUGGAAGGGGAGUGAGUGGCCAUAGCAAUCACACUGCCAUCUACAAGGCUGUCAGCUACCUGGCUUCCAUUGGCAACAUACCAGAUGACUGCAGUCUCUUCUCUCUGUUGACCAUUGGUGUUCUCAGGAAGUACCUCUCCUUCCUGGAGCUGCCUAUCAGCUGGCUCCUCCCAUCAGAUCUCUGCUGCGUCAUAGGCUCAAAGGGCUACAUUCAAGCUAAGGUUUGGACAAGUCUCUGAUAUUCGGGUGGUUUUUCAUGGUCUCCUCAUACUUCUGUCCACAGAACUUCUCUACUGUCACACUGCGUACAGUACCUGGGUCCAAACAGUGAGGAGCUAUGCCUAGGGUGGGAACACACAAACCUUUUUUGUUCAGUUUCAUGCAUGAGAGACACUUCUAACCUAUUGCUAUCGUCACCGUUUUACCACAAACAACAAUACAAGGCAUGUUUUAGGUUGACAUAAUAAGCAAAGGUAAACAUGACUGCUGCUGUGUUUCUUACUGGUCGUCCUUACCAUAUCCAUCUGGAUUGGAACGUGGGGUGAAGAAACUCUGGACUCCACAGGUACUACAAAAUGUGUGCUUCCCAAUGUGUGUGUUAAAUGUAUAUGUGUUAAUAAUCUCCAAACCCUGAAAGAAGAAAUUAACCAAAUUAACAUUCAAACUGACCAACCUGGUAGAGCUAUUACCAAACAUCACUCUGUAAAAAUGUUGUAUUACCUGUAAAAGGUUAAAUUGAUUUUCUGGCACAAUGAAAUGAUGGUUUUGCUUCUUGGUGCAGAUGCUACAGCUAGAUAAAGAAACCAGAAUGAGUCAUAUUGUGAUGGACAUAGUAAGUUAUAAUUCCUUAAUAGAAAUAUGAUUGUAAAAGAAUCAAGACAGUUCAUCUACAGAGAUUUUGUAAUUUGGGCAGGAAGUAAGUAAACAUUUGCUGAGCCAGAACAGCCCAUAGUUUCCUUUUAUUUUUGCUCAUUCUCAAAUCUGUAUCUCCAAUUCUCCAUCACUAUAAAUUGGGGCCCCAGAUUUGCAUUGUUUUCCUUUCUGUUAUCCUCCUAAGACCCAGCAAUUCAUUUUUCCUCUCUCGUGGACAUCAGUUCUUGGUCCUUAUCUCCGAGGCCACUGAAUUAAGAACUGUUGUCCCUUCGAGAGGACAUUCUGGGCUUUUCAAUGAUAUCAUGUGUGGGGGUGUGACCUUGACAACCCUAUAUUCCUGGUUCUUAAAAACAAUUGCACAUUUUAUGGACAUUUGAAAAUAAGUGUAAUUAUGAAUUGUAAUUUUUGUGAGUUGGAAAUUCACAUUGUUUCUAGAAAAUAAAUAUCUCAGGAAUAGUGAAGGGAGUUGUCAGGACUGUGUAAUCAUUUUUUCACAUUAAAUAAGAGCUUAUUAAGAAAUAUCCUGUAGUGGACACCCGGAUGCCACAACUAUGUAUUUCACCUACAUUUUUUCAUAUGUAUGUCCUAAUGACCACUACAGAGGGCAGUUUUGCACUUACAAUAAAAUAUUAAUAUUUUUAGA